CCGAAACAUCUGGACAAUGCCUACCAUGCCCUUUGAUGCCACACACAUUCGGCGUGGAUUGACGAUCGCGGCACUCGUAUGGGCAUGGAUCCUGCCCGCAGACGCCAACGCCCUACGUGUCCCCACGGGUGCACGGACUACCGAUUGGUACGAACAUCCGGAAAUUCCGCGCCAACCCAUCGGCGUCGACGUACACGGCUUGCCCGUCCACAUUCCGCUAGUGGGUGCCGGUACCUGGCAAUACAACGACACCGUCGCCUUUCAAUCCUUGUGCAAGGCUUUUGGUGAGGGAAUAACCCUGGUCGAUACCGCCUUAGGCUACGGCAACCAAAAAGGUGUGGGUCGCGCCAUUCGAGACUGUUACGUGGGCCGACGAAGCGAUUUAUUCGUCUUGACCAAGAUUCCGGGCGGACUUUCCUACGAGGAAACCUUGGGUGCGCAUCACCAAAACAUGUUCGAGCUAAAUCUGGGUUACGUGGACCAUUUGAUGGUGCAUUUUCCGUCGGAUUGGCAACAGACCAAAACGGGACGAGCGCAGCGUCAAACGCAGUGGAGAGCAAUGGAAGAAAUCUAUUACAGCGGCAAGGCUCGUUUCAUUGGAGUAUCUCACUACUGUUCACAGCAUUUACAAGAUGUGCUGGAGAUUGCGACGGUUCGACCGAGUCUCAACCAGAUUGAAUACCACGUUGGAUCGGGCGACGUGGAUGCCGUACUGGAAACGUGCCGAACCGAGAACAUUACGUGCAUGAGCUUUUCUCCCCUCUGCGGCCCUUGUCAAUACGAACCGUCCGAUUCUCUCAUUAGUGGAGACUUGGUGACGGAGAUUGCGGCCCGCUACCAACACGGUAGCAACGAAACGCGGCCUGUGACGGGCGCGCAAGUGGCUUUGCGUUUUAUUGUCCAACAAGCUCUGGAAGAGCGUCCUUUGUACAUUGGUCCCGUCGUCCCCAAAAGUAACAAUGCGGAUCACAUUCGGAGCAAUCGUGAUAUAUUUGAUUUUGUCUUGAGCGAUGUCGAUAUGGAACGUCUGCGGAAUGCGACCAAA